CCUUAUUAUUCUUUCUCUUUUUGGAAACGCCAAUGGCUCUCCUCCUCUCCCAUUCUCCCCCUCUUCCCGCUCGCACCAGACUCCUCUCGAAAACCCUAAUUUCAAAAUCCACCCCCUUUAUCCCCUCGAUUCCAGCCCCGACCCCAUUAAAUCUCCCCUCUUUCACCUCAAAAACCCCCAAAUUGCUUAACCCCAAAAUCCUAACCCCCUCCUCUUCCUCAUCCUUCGCAGACCCCACUUUCGAUUUCGACGACGGCGAAGAAAUCCCCGUCGGCUCUCCAUGGGACGGCGCUGUAAUCUACAAGCGUGACGCAUCAGCUCCUCAUGUGGAGUACUGUACCACGCUGGAGAGGCUAGGGCUUGCGAGGCUCUCUACUGAUGUUUCGAAGUCGAGGGCUUCGGCCAUGGGGAUCAGGUUACCGCCCAGGAGGGCAAAGGAGGCGGAGUUGGGGGGUGACGGGACUCCGGUGCUGGUGUCGGUGGAUGUUACGAGGAGGAAGAGGAGGUUGAAGCUGGAUGGGAUCGUGAGGACAGUCAUCACUCUGGGUUGCAACAGGUGUGGUGAACCAGCAGCAGAGGGGGUAUUCUCAAACUUCUCGCUUCUGCUAACCGAAGAUCCCAUUAACGAAUCUGAUGAUGAGAUCAACAUGGGAGUGAUUUAUGGAGACGAGAAGCACAAGUCCUCUACUGGCAACAUAACCGAAGAAGAUGAAGAGGAUGAAAAAGAAAUAGAUAGAGAUGACAGGCUCUACUUCCCAUCUGAAGAAAGAGAGAUUGAUAUCUCGAAACCCAUAAGGGACCUUGUUCAUUUAGAGAUAACAUUGAAUGCAGUUUGUGAUGCUAAUUGUAAGGGUUUAUGUCUCAGAUGUGGUAUGAACUUAAAUAAGAGAAGAUGCAGUUGUAGCAGAGGGGAAGCACAAGAAGGAGACUAUGGUCCUCUCAAGAAUUUGAGAAAACAAAUGCAGAGCAAGUGACUUAGGAGAAAGAAGCAGGUAAACAUUCGUGUGUUUUGAUCCUUUUUUUUAUUUAUAUAGAUGGGAUGUACAAAAUCACAUGAUAUAGCCUUCAGUUUGCAUGCAUAUUGUGUUAUGCUACUUUUAUGGCAUUCUCUCGGUCAAACUGUUUUCUUAGAUCAUGAACCAUAAUUGUAUUAUUCAGUUUCCAUGGCAGUAUCUUAAUAGUUCGUUGUGGAGCAAGUUUUAGCAGACAUGAUUAGCAUGGAAACUUAGAAUCUCCUAAGAUAUUCAUAGUUAUUUUUAGCUUAGAGUUUUUGUAAUAUUCUAAUGAUCCUAUACAUCCUCAAGUCAGUUUCGUCGA